GGAAGUCCGGCUUUGGAAUCGCCCGGCUGUGUGUGAUCCCGGCUCUCGUUGGUGUCCUUCCGCGCCGUGGGGCUUAGCGAAGAAAUCCCCGGCCCCUUUGGGCCAAGGAGGCUACGGUGCCUUUUGCGAUUUUCUUGUAAUCACAUCUUAAAACCUUCAAGAUGGUACUAGCAGACCUUGGGAGAAAAAUAACCUCAGCAUUACGCUCACUGAGCAAUGCCACCAUCAUCAAUGAAGAGGUAUUAAAUGCUAUGUUAAAAGAAGUAUGUACAGCAUUAUUGGAAGCAGAUGUUAAUAUUAAACUAGUAAAGCAACUAAGAGAAAAUGUAAAGUCUGCUAUUGAUCUUGAAGAAAUGGCAUCUGGUCUUAACAAAAGAAAAAUGAUUCAGCAUGCUGUAUUUAAAGAACUUGUGAAGCUUGUAGACCCUGGAGUUAAAGCAUGGACACCUACUAAAGGAAAGCAGAAUGUCAUUAUGUUUGUUGGAUUGCAAGGGAGUGGUAAAACAACAACUUGUUCGAAGUUAGCAUAUUAUUACCAGCGGAAAGGUUGGAAGACUUGUUUGAUAUGUGCAGACACAUUCAGAGCAGGUGCUUUUGACCAGUUAAAACAGAAUGCCACCAAAGCAAGAAUUCCCUUCUAUGGAAGCUAUACAGAAAUGGAUCCGGUUAUCAUUGCCUCUGAAGGAGUAGAGAAAUUCAAAAAUGAAAACUUUGAAAUUAUUAUUGUUGAUACAAGUGGGCGCCAUAAGCAAGAAGAUUCUUUGUUUGAAGAAAUGCUUCAAGUUGCUAAUGCUAUACAACCUGAUAACAUUGUUUAUGUGAUGGAUGCCUCCAUUGGACAAGCUUGUGAAGCUCAGGCUAAGGCUUUCAAAGAUAAAGUAGAUGUAGCCUCAGUAAUAGUGACAAAACUUGAUGGCCAUGCAAAAGGAGGUGGUGCUCUUAGUGCGGUUGCUGCCACAAAAAGUCCAAUUAUAUUCAUUGGUACAGGGGAACAUAUAGAUGACUUUGAACCUUUUAAAACACAACCUUUUAUCAGCAAACUUCUUGGUAUGGGUGACAUUGAAGGACUAAUAGAUAAAGUCAAUGAGUUGAAGUUGGAUGACAAUGAAGCGCUUAUAGAAAAGUUGAAACAUGGUCAAUUUACACUAAGAGACAUGUAUGAGCAAUUUCAAAAUAUCAUGAAAAUGGGCCCUUUCAGUCAGAUCUUGGGGAUGAUCCCUGGUUUUGGAACAGAUUUUAUGAGCAAAGGAAAUGAACAAGAGUCAAUGGCUAGACUGAAGAAAUUAAUGACGAUAAUGGAUAGUAUGAAUGAUCAAGAACUCGACAGUACUGAUGGUGCUAAGGUGUUUAGUAAACAACCAGGAAGAAUCCAAAGGGUAGCAAGAGGUUCAGGUGUGUCUACAAGAGAUGUUCAAGAACUUUUGACACAAUAUACCAAAUUUGCACAGAUGGUAAAGAAGAUGGGAGGUAUCAAAGGACUUUUUAAAGGUGGUGACAUGUCUAAGAAUGUGAGCCAGUCACAAAUGGCAAAAUUGAAUCAACAAAUGGCAAAAAUGAUGGAUCCAAGAGUUCUUCAUCACAUGGUGUGUGACUUUCUUGGAGAGAAGAUUGCAUCUGUUUUGGGCAUCAGCACCCCAAAAUACCAGUAUGCCAUUGAUGAGUAUUACCGGAUGAAGAAGGAGGAAGAAGAGGAAGAAGAAGAAAACAGGAUGUCCGAAGAAGCAGAAAGACAAUUUCAGCAGAAUAAACUACAGGCUGAUACCAUUGUUCAGACAGAUCAGCCAGAAACUGUGGUAUCCAGUUCAUUUGUGAAUCUUAACUUUGAGAUGGAGGGAGACUGUGAAGUAAUUAUGGAAAGCAAGCAAAACCCAGUCUCUGUCCCACCAUAAAAUCAGAUGACUAUAAAACUUUAAACACUAAGGGAUUGUUUAUACCAGAAACUUUUUGCAUUCUUUAUUCAUUGGGACUUAAUUCCGUGGGACUUAAUACAGUUAUUUAUAUUUUAAAUUAUUAAGUUGUCUAGAAAGGGAAAAAUUCUUAUUCUUAUCCACUAGCAAAAGCUAGAUAUAAAAUUUGGAUAUUUGUACUAUGUAUGCUUUUUACUAUGUCUCAAAUUAGUGCUUUGGUUUUAAAUUGAUCUUUUAAAAGUUUAAGGACAUUUUAGAACCCUAACUGCCAAUUAAAACAAAUUAUCACGUAUCUGUAAUUUGUAUUUGUAAAGAAAACAAAAACAUAUUGCUGUUUAAGGCUAGUUGAAACUGAUGUUUCUUGUUGCAGAUGUAAUUUUUCCCUCUAGAUUUUGUCAUGUCUACAUUUAUAUAUCUCACCAUUCACUUCAUACUAAGGACAGUUUACUGUGUGUGCAAUAAAAAAGAGCAAGGAUAUAA